UGAUAUUUCUUUACAUUCUGUAGCAUGAAAUGAUACAUGCGUAUCUCUUCGUUACAAACAACAACAAGGACCAUAAUGCUCAUGGACCAGAAUUUCAUAAGCAUAUGAAUAGAAUUAACAAACAGAGUGGCGCCAACAUCACGGUUCGUCACAAUUUCCAUGAUGAGGUUAAAUUCUACAGGCGGCAUAAAUGGCGCUGUGAUGGGCCCUGUCAACAUCGUCCACCAUACUACGGUGUGGUGCGACGAGCAACAGACAGGGCUCCAUCACAGCAUGACCAUUGGUGGUCCGACCACCAACGAACAUGUGGUGGGACAUACCACAAGGACAAAAAUUUUGCCACAGACGAAAGUUCAGAGACUGUGCUUCCUACUGGCUUGCAAUUUUCAAACAAGGAUGGAAAAUCAAGGAGUUCAUCAAAAUCAAAGAAGGAGAAUCAAAGAGUUGGGAGUUCUACUCGAACUGUUAGCAAAAAUGAAAGACAAAGCAAUCAUUCGGAAAGCCAGAUAACCAUUGUCGAUUCCUUCAAAAAAAUCCCUCUCCAUGUAACUCGGAAGACGACACCAAACGCAACAACGAAACCACCAGUCCCUGUGGUUGUAAUUCCGGACACGUUUGUUAAAUGUCCUGUGUGUCGUGACAAAGUUGAAGAAGACAAAAUAAAUACACACUUAGACGAUUGUUUGUUGCCAUAG